CCAACCUCAAAGCAGCCUCCCACUGUCAUCCUCAUCAUCCACGUCUCCUCCUCCAUGGCAAACUAUUCUCCACUCGAAGGUUACUCAUAAUGCCGCCUUUCCUACGUCGAAAACGUCUGCGUUCUACCUCCCCGACCGCUGUACCUUACCCAAAACGCGCCGCUCGCAAUCCCCCGCGGCGCCCGAAAGAAUCUGUUUUCCAGUCCCUGGACGCAGCACCGAAGCUAUCAAGAACUUUGUCACAGACGCAGGCACUUCUAAGAGGCAAUGACGAUAGUAGCGAGCUUAGCGACCCGGAAAGCAGCGAAGAGGAGUUUGAGGAUGUCGUGAUAGAUAGUACAAAGGCAUCAGAAUUUCAUAGAAAAGGAAAACAGCAAGCAAAAGAUGCUAAUUCCGACAAUGAGACCGAGGAUGAGUGGGAGGAUGCCUUGAGAGUUCAUCACCAUACCCGCCUCGAAAAUGAGCCCGUCCCGGAAGUCUCCGGCGAUCUUGAGCUCACUCUGAAUCCCGCCUCGGCGCCUGUAGCCUUCUCUUCGACAGCAAACGGCAAGAAGGGUCCCUCAAAAAUUGAGCGCCAAGUACGAGCAGUCACACAUUGCAUCCACGUUCAGUUUCUUAUGUUUCACAACCUAAUACGCAACUCGUGGGUCCAAGAUCCAUGGACGCAGAAGAUACUUGUGGAAAAUAUGACUUCGGGAUGCUGGAGAGAGAUCAAUCUAUAUUGGAGGGAUGUAGGGAUAACAGAUGGCCCAAAGCGAAUUGUGCAGGUUUCUUGGACCAAGAAGAAGGCUGGUGUUGAUACAAACAAUAGAAAGUGGGUGGACGGUGGGAAGGAUGGUGUCCAGGUGUAUACAAAUACAGAGGCAAAGAACAACUCUUCAAAGGGAAAGGGCAAGGAAACAAGAAUUCGUGACUGGGGCGCCACAUCCGAUCGAAUUGAGCCGAACGCGCCAAAUCUAUCGGCAGGCGACCCACUCCUUCGACUUCUCAAAUAUCUUUCGGCGUAUUGGAAAUCCAAAUUCAAGAUCACUGCACCCUCGUUACGAAAGCGUGGAUACCUCUCUCCCUCCACCCUUAAAGCAGAGAUCGCGGCCUGGGGCGAAGAUGCUUCCGACGCCGACACCUUUGGCGAGCGCAUCGAGAACCUGGAAGCAUUCCGUGACAAGGCUCGGAAGUGUGAAGGCAGCAGAGAUGUCGGAGAGCAACUAUUUACAGCUCUUCUGCGUGGUCUUGGCAUCGAGGCUCGGAUGGUAACGAGCCUUCAGCCUGUCGGCUUCGGAUUCAGUCAAAGCGAGGAGGGCAUGCCCAAAGACUUGGAGAAACUAAAAGUUAAAACAAAAGCGAAAGAUUCCCAACCAGCCUCUUCUAAAUCACGAGGGAAGAACGAGAUGAUCGGCUCGCACUACUCACCCAUCGACCUCGAAAGCAGCGAUCUCAGUAGCGUAAUAUCUAUUUCUUCCGACUCCGAUCUCGAACCCAAGGCUCUCAAGAAACCUUCCACAUCCCGCAAAUAUAGCGAUAGCCUGCGCCAUGAUCUGCGCUAUCCAACAUACUGGACAGAAGCCAUCUCCCACCUCACCCACACCCCAAUCGCCGUAUCUCCCCUCCCACGCGCUCUGACGAGACUGCCCGCCAUCGCAACACCAUCACAGCCUGAUGCACUCUUAAACUUCUACUCUCGCGGAACCGCGUCCGACCGAGUAAAAGCUGACAAAAUUAAACAAGUCUUCGCGUAUCUAAUCGCCUUCUCCUCCGAUGGCACCGCAAAAGAGGUGACAACGCGCUACCUCCCCAAACGCCAAUGGCCUGGCAAAACUAAAGGCUUCCGUAUGCCCGUCGAACAAAUCCCCAUCCGCGACAAACGGGGAAAGGUUCGGAAGUGGGAAGAAUGGGACUGGUUCAAAUCUGUGCUCCGGCCCUACGCUCGCGAUAUCGCGCAUCGGCAACCCUGGGAUGAGGUUGAAGACGAGGGCGAUCUUGUCCCCGCUGCACCAGCCAAGCCAAAAGAUAUGGAUGAGGAAGGCGGAAGGGAGACGCUUCAGGGGUACAAGAACUCUGCGGAGUAUGUGCUAGAGAGACAUAUGAAGCGAGAGGAAGCACUAAAGCCUGGCGCGAAGGUUAUCCGCCAUUUCGCGAUAGGGAAGGGGGAGAAAGAAAAGAAAGAGCCUGUGUACUUACGUAAGGACGUCGUGCUGUGUAAGACCGUGGAGUCUUGGCAUAAAGAAGGACGAGCGGUUAAGGAAGGCGAACAACCACUCAAGUAUGUGCCGAUGCGUGCUGUCACUAUUACAAGGAAACGCGAGAUUGAGGAGCGCGAGCGGGAAGAAGGCGGAAAGGUUAAACAAGGCUUGUAUUCCGAAGCGCAAACUGAUUGGAUCAUCCCCGACCCCAUCGUUGAUGGAAAGAUCCCUAGAAACUCAUUCGGAAACAUUGAUGUUUACGUCCCGACCAUGAUACCUCAAGGCGCAGUCCACAUUCCGCUCAAAGGUACGGCGCGAAUAUGCAAGAAACUUGGAGUCGACUUUGCCGAGGCUUGUACGGGUUUCGAGUUUGGGAAACAGCGCGCUGUCCCCGUUAUCCGCGGUGUGGUAGUUGCAGAGGAGAACAUGGAUUUAGUGGUUGAUGCGUGGGAGGCCGACGAGAUAGAGAAGGCGAAGAAGGAAUUGGAGAAGAGAGAGAAGCUGGUGUUAGGGUUGUGGAAGAAAUUCUUCACUGGUUUGAGGAUUGUGGAGAGGAUGAAAUCGGAGUAUGGGGAUGAUGUUGAGUUGCCAGAUAAGGAUCCUGUGGGUACUACUGCCGCAUCGAAGAAGUCGCACCAGGACAAGUUCCAGAAUCUUGAGGGGUUUGAAGGCGGGUUCCUGCGCGACGAACCUGCUCGUGAGAGUCAAAUGGGUGGAUUCGAGCGAGAACACACCGAGAAUCCUGACCGGGCAAGCCAGGAGCAAGAGCGCGAUAACAUAGCAGUCAGCUUCAUCCCCUCGAGCCAGGAAGACCAUGUCGUUCUCAAUGGAGAGCUUACUAUCGACCACGGCGACCAUGAACAUAUUGAACGGACUAAAAUGGCCACCAAUAAUGCAUACCAAACGCCAAUCUCUCUCCACUCGGUGCUCCAGAAGCCCGCUGACGCCGACCAUGAGGGCGGUGAAGGCGACGUGAAGGUGAAGAGUCAUUAUUUUGUACAAGGAAGUGAUGAGGAGACAGAUUUGAGCCUAAAGAAGCCUGCCGUAAGAGGAACUGGGAGGAGACAGGGACGGGGAAGGGGACGGGGACGAGGACGAGGGCGAGGCAAGGGGAACAUGAGAGGCUGAUGAACUAGGCACUAGAAAUGUAUGUAUAAGGAAGUGAUGAAUGAUGAAAACUUUUGAAUGAGGUUGAGACUCGUUGGUGACCGGUGAAGGGUACACAGCUUCGAACGAAGCGUAGUACUGUACAAUUGGGCGAUUUUGAGGCCUGUACGGGUGAGAUUCUAUCUACGUUCGUACGAUAGGGAGGAGAGGUAGGUGUUAC